AUGGCCGCAAACUCUCACAAGCCCGCCCUUGUUGACGGUACCCUGCCUACUUCCUCCGGCUCCUCGGCGUCCUCAGUUGUCACGAAGCCUAUCAAAGGGACUACAAAGCCUUGUUUUGGGCACGGAAUAGCCGGUUGUCGAAAAGCAAACUGGUCACGGGAAAUGCAACGAUUCUUGAAACGAAGAGCACUUUACCGCCAUUUUCGAAGGCAAAAUCAAAAUACACAAGUGAAGCUGCUGCGCACUAGCAUUGCGCAACAGAUGGAUAAAUUGCUGGAUGAGCGGAGGCGCUACGAGGCAAUACGGGAGUACGCAAAAGCGCAGUAUCCCGGCUGUGAUGUGAUGUUGUAUGUCAGGGUAUAA